CCGUCAGGACUAGCAUUGGAUUCGAUCCAAAGGAUCAUCGUGUCCAGUUUGGAGAAGAACAUGAUACACAUUCUAACCGACCAGAAAAAGACUGCCAUCAAUUUCGGAUCCAAAGGAUCGGGACCAAACCAUUUCAUGCAUCCGUAUUAUGUCGCUGUAAAUAGCCAUGAUGACGUAGUUGUUUCCGAUUCGGGGAAUCAUCGGGUCAAAGUUCACGGAAUAAACGGCCAAUUGAAAUUAAUGAUCGGAUCUCAAGGUCACAAGGAAAGUCAGUUUUUCUACCCAAUGGGUGUUUGCGUGGAUAAAUGGGAUAAUAUAUACGUCGCCGACUCUAAUAACUACCGCAUCCAAGUAUUCAGUCCAGAGGGACAGUUCCUUGCG